CUCGCGUGACACCGCUUUGCCCAUGCCGGACCUCUUCUCGUCGACCUCCUCGCCCGAGGCGGACGGCACGGGAGCGCUGCCCCCAGCAAAGGCGCGCAAGGUCGGCUCGCCGAGCAUAGUGCGCGGUGCCGACGCGGCUCUGCUCGCGGCGGCGGCUAUGAAGGCGCGCUGGUCGUCGCUCGUGCUGGUGGAGGUGACGAGCACCUCUCCCGACUACAUCAAGCCGUGGAAGAUGCACUCGCAGCGCUCGUGCAAGGGCUCCGGCUUCGUCAUCGAGGGCGGCCGCAUCCUCACAAACUACCACGUCGUGCAGGAUGCGAUUGACGUUCGGCUCCGCAAGCACGGCGUCUCUCGGCGGUGGCGCGGCACGGUGCUGGCGCGCGGGCCGGACGUCGACCUCGCGCUGCUGGCCGUGCAUGAGGACGAGGAGGGCCGCGGCGACUCCUUUUGGAACGGCGUGACGCCCGCCGUCUGGUGCUCGACGCUGCCGGCGCUGCAGUCUGCAGUCCAUGUGAUUGGCUUCCCGACGGGUGGGACCACCAUCUCCGUCACUCAGGGCGUCGUCUCGCGGGUCGACUGCAAAAACUAUCGCGUCGGCUCGAGCGCGUUCGCAAACUCGGGCGGGCUGCUCGUGCUGCAGAUCGACGCGGCGAUCAACGCGGGAAACAGCGGCGGCCCGGCCUUUUGCAGCGACGGCUCCGUCGUCGGCGUUGCCUUCCAGUCCCUCGGCGGCGAGUACAAGGGCAUCUCCGACGUGCCCUUCCUCGCACGCGAGCUGCGCAACGCGUCGCUCCGCCGGCGGCACCGCGUGCCAGACGACGUCACCGGCGCCUGCCCCUCGCUCGCGCCUCGCCCCACAAGUGGCAUGGUCCGUGGUGAGUGGGUCGGAGCUCACUCUUCAUCAGGCGUGCUAGUCACACGUGCCUCGUCCCACUCGGCGCUCGGCGUGCGCGUCGACGACGUGGUCCUCUCGAUCGACGGCAAGAAGGCUGGCGAGCCCCGACGGCUCGGCGAGCCGACCUCCGUCCUCGUGCUGCGCGGCGGCGAGCGCGUGCAGCUCUGCGCGCCGCUCAGCCAGCUGCCGCGCCGGCUGCCGCGCAACCACGGCUUCGACUGCUUCCCGCACUACGUCAUCAUCGGCGGCCUUGUCUUCGUGCGGCUCUGCUGCCCGAUGCUCGAGGACAAGCGCAGCAAGGGGCACCACUCCGCCAUCUACGACCUGGUCAACUACCAGAUCGCGCGCUCUUUCCCGCCCGCCGACGGGGGCGGCGAGGGCGGCGAGGUUGCCGAGAUCCUGCUGCUGACCGAGAUCCUGGCCGCGCCGCUCAACUACGGGCGCGUUUGCCACGCGCGAGAUGGCCCGAGAGGAGGUGGGGAGGAGGUGGGGAGGAGGUACACUUGCCACGCGUGGCGCGUGCUCGACACGCUCAACGGCCAGCGGCCAAAGAGCCUGCGCGCGCUGCACCAGAUGUACCGCGCGGUGCCCGACGGCGCCUUCCUCGAGUUUGUCUUUUCGCACGGCGGCGACCAGAUCGUGCUCGACGCGACAGAGUGCCGCCAGAGCGAGCCCGACAUCCUGCAGCUGCACGCGAUCCCGUCGGCGACGUCGGACGGGCUGCAGGGCGGCGGCGAGGAGCCGGCCGCCCCCGCGCCGGCCCCGUGAGGAGAGGUGGGGAGAGCGCGCCGGGGGGACGGGUGGGUGCAGCCGACCUUUCAAGGGGCCUGAUGGGGAGGAGAAGGGGAGGGGGGGUCGACCUUUGCCCGCCGGGGCGGAGGACGUGGACUCCCCGCGCGAGGCACGUUGCGCGCCAUGCCAUGUGCUGGAGGAGAGAGCAUGGUCAUGUGAAGCGUGCGGGUGCGCAGUCUGACCGUUCGCUCGCCUUGUGAGCAGGGCGCUCGCACUGUACACACCGCAGGGCCCACCGGCACCGCCCACGGCACAGCGAUGCACGUGUCGAGGGUGCGUCCCCACACGAACGCGCAAGCAGCGGUUAUUUGUCAUUAUGUGACGACGUCACAUCU